ACAAAAAAAAUAAAAAAUAAUGAAGAGAAAUAUAUAAAAAGUAAUAAAAUUGAAAUAGAUGAAAAGGAAUUAUUAAAAAAAAAUGAGAUCAAAAAAGGUAAUAUAUCUGAGAAAAAUAAUAAUUAUAAUAAAAAUCGAAAUAAUGAAAAAAAUAAUAGCGUCAAAGGAAAAUAUGCAGGCUCAAUUUCACUAUCUACAAAUAAUUCUAGUAAAAAAAUAAUUAAUAUGAAUGAAAUACAAAUAAAUGAAAAAAAUAGUUGUGAAUACAAAAAAACUAAAACUCAAGAGAGUUUAUUAUAUGAAUUAAUCAACAAGGACAAUAAUAGAACUAAAAUUCAAAAUUUCCUAAAUAUAUCUAAUAAAAAUGAAGGAACAAAAAAAAUAAAAAAUAAUGAAGAGAAAUAUAUAAAAAGUAAUAAAAUUGAAAUAGAUGAAAAGGAAUUAUUAAAAAAAAAUGGGAUCAAAAAAGGUAAUAUAUCUGAGAAAAAUAAUAAUUAUAAUAAAAAUCGAAAUAAUGAAAAAAAUAAUAAUAUCAAGAGGAAAUAUGAGGGUUUAAUUUCACCAUCUACAAAUAGUUAUAAUAAUGAAUUAUUUAAUAUAAAUAAAAUAAAAAUAAAUGAAAAAAACAGUUGUGAAUACAAAAAAAUUAAAAGUCAAGAGAGUUUACUGUAUGAAUUAAUCAACAAGGAUGACAAUAGAACUAAAAUUCAAAAUUUCCUAAAUAUAUCUAAUAAAAGUAAAGAAACAAAAAAAAUAAAAAAUAAUGAAGAGAAAUAUAUAAAAAGUAAUAAAAUUGAAAUAGAUGAAAAGGAAUUAUUAAAAAAAAAUGAGAUCAAAAAAGGUAAUAUAUCUGAGAAAAAUAAUAAUUAUAAUAAAAAUCGAAAUAAUGAAAAAAAUAAUAGCGUCAAAAGAAAAUAUACAGGCUUAACUUCAUUAUCUAUAAGUAAUUCUAGUAAAAAAGUAAUUCACAUGAAUAAAAUAAAAAUAAAUGAAAAAAACAGUCAUGAAUACAAAAAAACUAAAAGUCAAGAUAGUUUACUAUAUGAAUUAAUCAAGAAGGAUGGCAACAGAACUAAAAUUAAAAAUUUCUUAAGUAUAUCUAAUAAAAGUGAAGGAACAAAAGAAAUAAAAAAUAAAGAGACAUAUUUAAAAAUUAAAAAAAUUAAAAUUAAUGAAAGGGAAAUACUAAAAAAAAAUGAAAUAAGAAAAGUUCAUAUAAUUGAAAAGGUUAAUAACACUGAUAAGAAUAGAGUAAUUAAAAAGAGAAAUAGUAUUAACAUAAAAUGUACAAACUCUACGUCAUUAGCUAUAAACAAUCAUAGCAAUAAAUUAAAUAAUAUAAAUAAAAUACAAAUAAAUGAAGAAAACAAGCAAGAAAGAAAAGAAAUUAAAAACCAAGAGAGUUUACUAUAUGAAUUAAUAAAUAAGGAUUUAAAAAAAAAAACUAAAAUUAAAAAAAAUUUGGAGGUGUCUCUUAAAAACGAAAACUUAAUCAAAAUUAAAAAUAAGGAAAAAAAUUCUUUAAGUAAAAAAAUUAAAACAAAUGAAAAAAUAAUAAAGGAAUGUGAAAAAAAGCAUGAAAUUAAGAAUAGAAACAUAUUUAAAGGUGAUAAUAAUUCUGAUAAAAAUAGAAAAAAUGAAAAGAAUAAUAUAAAAAGAGAAUAUUUAGGAUUUACACCAUCACCUAUAUAUAAUUAUAGUAAAGAGCUAAUUAAAAUAAAUAAUUCACGAUUUAAUGAAAAUUAUAUACAAAAUUUCAAAAGGACUAAUAACCAAGAAAGUUUACUAUAUGAAUUGACCAAUAAUGAUGAUAAUGAAUCUAAAAUUCAAAAAAUGAUUGAUAAGAACAAUAAGAGUGAAACUAAUAAUAAAAUUAAAAUUAAAGAAAAAUUUUGCUUUCAAAAGAAUAACAUUAAAAAAAAUAAAAAUUUAGCAGUAAAAAAUGUAGAAAAAAAAAAUAUAAAAACUAACAAUAAUAAAAACCUCACAAAUAAAAUUCAUUUGUCAAAUAUUUACAACCGUAAAAUAAAAACUAAAGAAAAUCAAACAAAAUUUCAUAAAAGAGAAGAAAAAAAAAUUUCUACCUCGAACAAUUAUUUAAAUUUAAAUUUAAUUUUUAAUAACAAAAAAAAAAGAACCUAUUUGAAAAAUUCCACAAACUGCACGAUAUCACAUAAUAAAUGUGUAAAUACUGAAAGUAAAAAUGAAAAAAGAAAACAAUUUAAUAAUUACUCAACUAAAAUAAGUAUGCAAAAUGAAAGUAGUUCAAGUAAUUCAAAUAAUUCACAAAAUGCAACUCACUCUUAUAGUAUAAAAAACAAGAACAUAUCAAUUAACAGAUCAGAUAUAUUAGGAAUCAAAAUGCUGAAUAAUAAUAAUAAAAAUAAAAAAAAUGAGGUUAACUCAGAAAUUUUAUCUGAACAAAAAAAUAUUAAAAAUGAUUCCAAAGAAAUAAAAAAAAUAAUUAAUAAAGAAUUAAAAAUUUUUGAAAAUAGUAGAAUGAAAAAAGAACAAAUUUAUCUUAAACUAAAAAAGAACAUUGAUAAAUUAAGAAAAAAAAAGAUUCUCGGAACUAUAAAGAAUAAGAUAAAGAUAAAGCUAAAAAUAUUAAAGUUGAAAGAUGAAAUAACAAAAAAUAAAAUUAAUGGAAAAAUAAUAUGGAUCAAUAACAUAAAGAAUUCAGAAGAUAAAAGUGAGAUUAGCUUCAAAAUAAAGAAUAAAAAUCACAUUUUUGAAGCUUUAAUAAAAGAGUCAUAUUUAAGUUUCCAAAAAACAUCAAAUAUUAAAAUGUACUCGCAAAUUAUUAAGACAAUCUCAAAAAAAAAAAAGUACAAUAAAUUUACAAUUAAAUGUGAAAAGAAAUAUCUGAGUUUCUUAAAAGUUAUAGAGAAAAAUAAAAUACAAUCUUUAAAUAAAAUAAUAAAUAUAGAAGGAAAAAUUUUAAGAGGAGAAAAUAUUAAAGAAAGAUUGACCCAUUAUAUAUCGGGGGGAAUAGUAAACAAUGGAAUAAAAUAUAUAAAUUCAAAUAAAAUGAAUACAAAUAUGUAUAAAGUUCUUAAAAAAAACUUUAUCUUUAUAUCAAAAGAUGUCUUAAGUGAAAAUAUCAUAAGAAAAUAUUUCUAUGAAAAAGUAGAAAAAGAAAAAUUAAGAAUAAAAGAAAAAAAAAUGGAGAUGACAACAGGAGAAUUCAAGAGAAAAGAUAUAAAAAAAUUAAAAGGGGAAAGAUUAAAUAAUAUAAUAAAAAAAAGAAUUGUAAAAUGGAAUAAUUUAAUACUAGGAAAUUUCAAGGGAAUAAAAAAAGAAAUAAUAAUAAUAAUAAAAGAUUUAAAAAAUGAUAAUUUAGAAAAAAAAAAAAAAGGUAUAACAAUGGCAAAAUAUUUAAAAAAAGAACAUAUGAUAUUAAGUAGGGGACAAAUUUUUUUUCUGUCUAAAUGUUUGAAAAAAGAAAAAAUUAUAGGGAAAAACGCGGAAAAAGAAACAACUAUAGAAAGUUCAAAAAAAAUAAUGAUAAUAUUGGAAAACUUAAAAAGUGAAGAUUCCAACAUAAAAAAAAUAACUAUUAUAAAGUUUAUAAUAAUAAAAAAGUUAAUUAAAAUAAAAAAAAAUAAAUUAAGUGAAAAAAAAAUGGUAUUGAUAAUGGAUUAUUUUAAAAAAGAAAAGUUUAAGGAUGAAAAAAAUAAUACUUUGAAAGAAAUGAAAUAUGAAAUAAUUAUAAAGUAUUUAAAAAAAAAUAGCUUAAAAGAAAUGAAAAAAGAAUUUAUUUUAAUAAACGUUUUAAAAAAAAAGAACAUAUACCAGAAAAAGAAAAUUAAAAUAUUAAUAGUAAAAUAUUUAAAAAGUAAAAAUUUGGAAGAUAAGAGAGAAAAAAAAAAAGUGCUAAUUGAAUGUUUAAAAAAUGAAAUUCCUAAAGAAGAAAAGAAAGAAAGAAUUAUACCAAGAAGAGCAAAAAAAGAAUAUGCAACAGAGGAAAUAAAAAAUAGAUUAGUGAGUGAUUCAAGAAGACAGAACCUCAAUGAAAUAAAAAAAGGAAUAACUAUAUUAAAAAAUUUAAAAGAAAACUUCAAAAAUGAAUUCAAGAAAAACUUAAUUAAGAAAAUGAACAAAGAAAGAUUUCUAAUAAAAAAUUUAAUAAAUUAUAAAUUUAAAGAACUAGUAGAAGAAAUAAUAGUAACAGAAAACUUAAAAAAGAUAAAUUCAAAAAAAUUAAAGGAAGAAAUUUUAAUGAUAAAAAGUUUGAACUACUUGAAUAUUGAAUCAUUAAAUAAUGAAAUGACUAAUAAAAUAAAGAUAAUGAAAAAUUCAAAAGAACAUUUAAAAAAAGAAAAUUUAGAUGAUGAAAAGAAAAAAGAAAUAGUAGCAAUAAAGGAUAUAAUAAAAGAAAAUUUAAAAGGAAUUAUUAUGGCAAAAAACUUAAGAGAACAAAACUUGAAAAUGCUACAGAUAUACAUGAAAAAAGAUGUCUUAACUGAUGAUAUAGGAAGGGAAAAUAUUAUUAUAGAAUACAAAAAAGAAAGAAAGUUAAUAGACGAUAAAAAAGAAAUGACAGUAAGAAGUUUAAAAGAAAAAUAUUUAAAAAAGAAUUCAAAAGAAAACUUUAAAGAAAUAGUAGAAAAUAUGAUUAUAAUAAAAGAUUUAAAAAAAAAAAUCUUCGUGAUAGAAGAUUUAAAAACAUAUUUGAAAGAACAUUUCAAUAGUGAAAUAAAAGUAGAAAGAAAUAUAAUAAAAGAGAUAAUUAAAGAAAAUUUUAAUGAAUUGAAAAAAAAUAUGAUUACUAUUAAAAAUUUGAAAGGAGAAAAUUUCAAGGAAUAUUUAAAAGAAAACAUUAUUGAAAAAAUAGAAGAAAAAGUUAUAACAAUAAAAAAAUUCAAAAAUAAAAAUUUAAAAGAAAUAAUAAAAUCAAAAAAUCUGAAAGAUAUAAAAAAAAAGGAAAUUUUUAUGAUAGAAGAUCUAGAAAAAGAGUAUUUAAAGGAAACAAAGGUAGAACACUUUAAUGAAAUUGAAAAGGGAAUCACAGUGAUAGAAUACUUAAUAAAAGAACGUGAGAAAGAAAUAGAAAAAGAAGCAAUAAUAAAAAAAUAUUUAAGAGAAGGAAAUUUAAAAGAUGUUAAAAAGGAAAUUUUUAUGAUAGAAGACUUAAAAAAAAACAUAAAAAAAAUAAAGAAAGAAAGUAUCUAUAAAAAUGAAAAAAAAAUAUUUAUAGUAAAAGAUUUAAAAAAAGAAAAAUUGAAUGAAAUAAAAAAUGAAAUAAUGAUGGUUGUGGAUUUAAAAGAAAAAAAAUUUAAAAAAUGUUUAGAAGAAAAUUUAAAUAAAAAAACAGAAAAAAAAAUAGCAAUAAAAGAUUUUAUAAAAGAAAAUUCAAAUGAAAAUAAAAAGGAAAUAAUGGCAACAAAAGAUCUAAAAAAAGAAAAUUUUAAAGAAUUAAGAAAUGAAGUUUUUAUGGUGAAAUAUUUUAAAAUAAAAAUCUUUAAAGAAACAAAAAAAGACAACUUAAAUAAAGUAACUACAAACGAAAUCAUAAAAAUAAAAAAUUUAAGAAAAUUAACUAUAUAUAUGAAAAAAGAAAUAAUGUUGGUUAAAGACUUAAAAAAAAAUAUGAAAGUAAAAAAAAAGGUAGAGUUAAAUGAAAAAAUAAAAGAAGAAAUUAUGAUAAUAGAACACUUAAACGCAGAAAACUACAAUGAAAUUAAAAAGGAAAAACCAAAUAAAGGAAUAGAGAAAGAAAUUAUGAUAAUUGAAGAUUUAAAGAGAGAAAAUUGCAAGAAAAUAGAAAUAGAAAUUAUGAUGAUAGAAGAUUUAAAGAGAGAAAAUUGCAAGGAAAUAGAAAUAGAAAUUAUGAUGAUAGAAGAUUUAAAGAAAGAAAAUUAUAAAGAAAUAGAAAAAGAAAUUAUGAUGAUAGAAGACUCAAAGAGAGAAAAUUGCAAAAAUAUAGAAAUAGAAAUUAUGAUGAUAGAAGAUUUAAAGAAAGAAAAUUAUAAAGAAAUAGAAAAAGAAAUUAUGAUUAUAGAGGACUCAAAGAGAGAAAAUCACAAAAAUAUAGAAAUAGAAAUUAUGAUGACAGAAGAUUUAAAGAAAGAAAAUUAUAAAGAAAUAGAAAAAGAAAUUAUGAUGAUAGAAGACUUAAAGAGAGAAAAUUAUAAAGAAAUAGAAAAAGAAAUUAUGAUGAUAGAAGACUCAAAGAGAGAAAAUUAUAAAGAAAUAGAAAAAGAAAUUAUGAUGAUAGAAGACUCAAAGAGAGAAAAUUGCAAGAAAAUAGAAAUAGAAAUUAUGAUGAUAGAAGAUUUAAAGAAAGAAAAUUAUAAAGAAAUAGAAAAAGAAAUUAUGAUUAUAGAGGACUUAAAG